AUAAACUUGCAUUGAACUUUUUACCCUACAUCAGCUGGAUAUGUUGAAGAAAAAAGUUGAAAGAGCUGAAAACCAAGAAGACAUGACUUCAGACCUGAAAUUUUAGUUGAUUUGUCAUCUAAAAUGGUGGAAACUGUAGAUAUAUGCUACUUGCAGCUUGAAAACAUCUGGACAGUGACACACUGGUUGCCUUUUGUCUCAAGUGUUUCAGGCUAAACGACAAUGGAAGCAAAGCUGCAUCCUCAAAAACAGGCAUCUUGAUCCAUUCCCAGAGCGGGCCUGAAACAGGGGAAGAACUGAAAAUGCCAGAGCUUCUCCUCGCUAUCUUUUGCUGAUCUCAUCUUUCAGUUUCACUAGAGCUGAUUUCAGGCAGGAGAAAUCUGAUAAUUCUUAAAGAGGACCUGAUACCUGGAAUAAGAAUAUUGCCAUCAUGAGUCAACAAGGUUAUGUUGCAGCUCCUCCAUAUUCCCAGGCUCAGCCAGGAAUAGGAGGAUGUUCUGCAGGUUUUGGACCACCUAAUUCUUCACUUCAUUAUGGGCAUUAUGGGGACCCUAACUCCUCCUACUCAGCACCUCAGCCAGGUGUGUCAAAAUCAACUGUGCCUUUUGGAUCGUCAGCACCUGUUGGGCCUCCACCACCUGGUACACAUCAAUUCAGCCAGACCAACUUCCAGAAUGGGCCCAGUACACCAGGGCAACAGCCACAUAGGUUUCAAGGUCCUCCACCUCCAAGCAAUACAGGAUCUUCCUAUCCUCCUUACAGUCAUCAGUCACAACCAGCUUACCCAAAUACUGCAUCCACUUCAUCUGCAACACAACUUGCUAACCAGCUCAACAGCAUGCAGAUAAAUAGCUAUGUUUCUUGCUCAGGUCCUGGCACUGCUCCAAGCCCUCGCAUGUCUUCUGGGCAUCCAGCAUCUCUUCAGGGUCCACAAUUGAUGCCUCCAACCCAGCAGCAAAUGUCUUUACCACCUGGAUCACAGGUUCCUCCACCUGCAAAUACUGUUAAUGGUCUUUGUGCUCAACCAUCAUUGCCUCCUAUGGCCAGACAAGAUGGGAUCCCUGGACCUGUCCCCCCAAAUCCUAACUUGCAACAGCUUCCAGGACAGCCUCCCGGACCUGGGUAUCAUCCUCAGCAAGCAAACUAUGGUACUCAGAUGGCAGGAUCUCAACUGUCUUAUCCUGGUGCUUUUCCUGGGGGUCCAGCACAGCUCCCAGGUCCACAGCAGAAGAAGCUUGAUCCUGACUCUAUUCCAAGCCCAAUUCAAGUAAUUGAAAAUGAUAAGGCUUCUAGGGGAGGGCAGAUCUAUGCUACAAACACAAGAGGACAGGUUCCUCCUCUUGUCACCACAGACUGCAUAAUCCAAGACCAAGGCCACGCCAGUCCUCGUUACAUCCGAUGUACUACCUACUGUUUCCCGUCAUCUUCAGAUAUGGCCAAACAGGCUCGCAUACCACUGGCAGCUGUUAUCCAGCCUUUUGCUAUUGUACCACCGAAUGAGACACCUCUUUACGUUGUAAACCACGGUGAGACUGGACCAAUCCGAUGCAACCGGUGCAAAGCUUACAUGUGUCCCUUCAUGCAGUUUAUUGAAGGUGGAAGAAGAUACCAGUGUGGAUUUUGCAGUUGUGUAAAUGAUGUCCCUCCAUUCUUCUUUCAACAUCUGGACCACAUUGGCCGACGGGUAGACCACUAUGAAAGGCCAGAGCUAUCUCUGGGAUCUUACGAAUACGUUGCUACUUUGGAUUAUUGCCGAAACAACAAGCCUCCAAAGCCACCAGCUUAUAUCUUCAUGAUUGAUGUAUCGUACAGAAACAUAAACAGUGGCCUAGUGAAACUUAUAUGUGAUGAACUGAAGACGCUGCUGGAUAAACUUCCAAGAGAAGAGCAAGAAGAAUCCUCAGCAAUUCGAGUUGGUUUUGUUACUUAUAACAAGGUUCUCCACUUCUUCAAUGUAAAAAGCAGCUUAGCUCAGCCUCAGAUGAUGGUGGUCUCGGAUGUUGGAGAAGUUUUUGUUCCUUUGCUGGAUGGUUUCCUUGUUAACUUUCAGGAAUCUCGAUCUGUUGUUAUCAACUUGUUGGACCAGAUUCCAGAGAUGUUUGCGGACACUAACGAGAGUGAGACUAUCUUUGCUCCUGUUAUCCAGGCUGGCAUGGAGGCCCUAAAGGCUGCAGAAUGUGCUGGAAAACUGUUUAUCUUCCAUUCUUCGUUGCCAACUGCGGAAGCACCAGGGAAGCUGAGAAACAGAGAUGACAAAAAACUACUCAAUACAGAUAAAGAAAAGACGCUCUUCCAGCCCCAGGUGAAUUCAUAUGAGGCCUUGGCCAGGGAUUGUGUGGCUAACGGCUGCUGCGUCAAUUUGUUCCUCUUCCCAAACCAGUAUGUGGAUGUAGCCUCUGUGGGUCUUGUCACAAUGUACACUGGAGGAACACUGUACAAGUACAACAAUUUCCAGCUGGAUGCUGACAGCCCACAGUUCUUAAGUGACCUCAGGAAGGACAUCGAAAAGACGACCGGAUUUGAUGCAAUAAUGAGGGUUCGGACUAGUACAGGCUUCAGGGCUACGGACUUCUUUGGUGCCAUUUACAUGAACAACACCACGGAUGUAGAGAUGGCAGCAGUUGACUGUGACAAGGCCGUGACAGUGGAGUUCAAACAUGAUGACAAACUGAACGAAGACAGUGGAGCCUUAAUUCAGUGUGCUGUCCUUUACACAUCAAUAAGCGGGCAGAGACGACUUCGCAUACACAAUAUAGGUUUAAACUGCAGCUCCCAGUUAGCUGAUGUCUACAAGACCUGUGAGACUGAUGCACUUAUCAACUUCUUUGCUAAGUCAGCUUUUAAAGCCAUUCUGAGCCAACCACUGAAGAUAGUCAGAGAGAUCCUGGUGAAUCAGACAGCUCACAUGCUGGCGUGUUACAGGAAGAACUGUGCCAGCCCCUCAGCAGUCAGCCAGCUCAUCCUUCCAGAUGCCAUGAAGGUGCUGCCGGUGUACAUGAACUGCCUGCUGAAGAGCUGCGUGCUUGUUGCACGGCCAGAAAUUCCCACGGACGAGAGAGCGUACCAGCGGCAGCUGGUCACCUCCAUGGGGGUGGCUGACACCCAGUUAUUCUUCUAUCCCCAGCUUCUGCCACUUCACAGCCUGGAUCUGAAGAGCGACAGUGUCCCAGCUGCUGUCCGCUGCUCUGAGGAACGUCUCUCGGAAGGAGGGGCCUUCCUGCUGGCCGAUGGUCUGAGGGUGUUCCUGUGGCUGGGCGUCAGCGCACCCCCAGAGCUCAUCCAGGGGCUUUUCAAUGUGCCGUCCUUCGCGCACAUCAGCACCGAGGCUACAUCACUGCCUGACCUGGACAAUCCCUUUUCUAAGAAACUGAAGUCAAUAUUGGAGCACAUCCAGAGCCAGAAGCCCUAUACCAUGAAGCUGAUCAUAGUGAAACAACGGGAGCAGUCAGAGAUGCUUUUCCGACAGUUCCUAGUAGAAGACAAAAGUAUUUAUGGAGGUGCUUCUUACGUGGAUUUCUUAUGCUGUGUUCACAAAGAGAUCUGCCAGCUGCUCAGUUAAGGAAACUCAAGUAUAAUUUAUGAUUUGUCAGUUAGUUCUUGAUUUUGCAAGAGGGCCAGGCCUUGGUGCCUGAAGGCUGGCCCACAGCCCCACCCUGCCCGGGCAUUCUGCUGUGCUGCUGUCAACCUUUUCUGUGCUCUCUUAGUACAGUUUCAUUUCACAGCACCUCUCACUGAGGCUUUAGCUUACUUAUUAAGCUGUAGAGUAGGAAGUUCUGCACUCAGGUACUCAACUUCUGGGAGUCCUGACUCUUCCUGUAAGCGAACUACCAGAUUUCAAACAGUCAGUUCUUAGGAGCAUAUGGUAUCCACUUAUUAAAAUAAUUUAGAAAACAUUUUUAAUUAUUCCUUUUGCUAGUCAUAAGUUGUACAGGAGCCAGGAAAGAUGCUAAAGUGGAAAAAAAACACCCCAAAAUCAAGACACUGCUUUUUCCAAGUGAGGGCAGACAGUUCAAUCAGACUUGCAGUAAUUGUGUAGUUCAGCAUGAGGACUUAAGUCCUUCAUGUAAACCUGAUCUCUAAAAACCAAUCCCCUUUUUCCUUAAGAGACAAGCCUUGCCCUCUACAGAAAUAGAGCUCUGGGUAACCUUCCACACCCAGGGUUAUGGAGGACACAAAAAUGCCUCAGUUUAUAACUGGACUUAAUAUUAACAAUAAUGGACCCCAUAAAGAACAGUAAUCAAACAAUCCUUCUGCUACAUUUGGCAGGUAAGACUAGAGAAUUAUACCAUAAGUGUGGCACUAAGGGCAGGGAUUAAUUUAGCAUACUAUUUAAUUACACUUUUAAAAUAUACUGUUAGGUUUUAUUUAGAACAUUUGCUAACUGGAAUAUUCCCAAUACAACUUCGAUAAACAUCUGUCCCUCCAGAUUUCAGUGGCAGGUCAACUGUAAGACAGUUGACACAUUAACCAAAGGUUAUUUGUGGUGCUAUAAAAAGAAAGCCUCUUGCUUAAAACCUGUCCUCUUAAAGUGACCUCCUCUCACAUGACUGAUUUAUUCAACAGUCACUGCUUUGAAAAAUAAGCCUCUGCUAAUACGAAUAUUUAAGGUAGAAUUUAGAAAGCCAUUCUGUCAGAGCUGUUUACCUCAGAUACACUUCAUCAGUCUGUCUGUAUCUUUAGGACCAAUGCCUCUGCAUGGGAGGUUCAAACUUUUCCAAACUUGAGAUGCUAUUGCUACAAAAAUCAGUGUUUCACAGAAAGCAAAACAUCUUCAAAAGCAAGGGCAAGAGUUGGACCUCAUUAAAAAAAAAGUGCCUUUAACCAUGUUAGUAUAAAACAGUUGUAUCCUUGUGCAUUGACCAAGAGUUCUUAAAGUAGGUGGCUGUAUUAUGAACAGAUCCUCAGACUGAUAAUCAGCUGCCAAGAUGUGCACUUUUUAGCUGAAGAUGUUACCCUGUAAAAAGUAUUUGUUGCCAUUCCAAAUGAGUGUACUUUGUAAAAUGACACCAGCAACUCUUAUGUGUAAAGAAAUAAGCAAUUAUUAAAUACAAUCACUGUGUAUGUUUAUUCUUACUAAGUGCUCUUAAGUUUUUUUAUGCUGUCAGCCUCUGCCAAAAGCUACCCUCUACCUCUUCAGCAGCAGCACCUACAACAGGUACCCCAGGUUGCUACAGAGGGGGGUUGGAAACCAGCCUCAUUCAACUCCUCCCCCCAUCUUUCCUUGCAAGUGCAGUAACAGUGUAAGAAGUUUGUUACAGUGACUUCAGGAGCCAGGGAACACAGCAAAGAGAAAUUAGCAACGAUGAUACCUACCCAGCGUAAGCAAUGCCCUGCAUCCAAUAAUCAGCGAAAAUCACUGUAGGUCACCUGUACAGCCAGGGAAGCUUAUCCUGCAUUACAGAACUUUCAGAUUUUCAGUGUCAGCAUCACCCCUGGUUAGGUUAAGGAGACUUGCUCAAACUAGGUCCUGAAUGUGCCAGAACAGCCUCAUGUGAAAAAAAAAAAAUCAAAACAAAAACAAACCUUUCCAAAAGAUGCAGCAGUUCUACAGACUAAGGCAGUGUUUGUGCCCAGCUGCUGAAGGAAGCUCACUUCAACCACAACAAAUGAGAGUUUCUCCCUGAGGCAGGAAGCUGGUGAGCUGCUCCCCCUGGCAGCUCCUGCCUCAGCUGUGCUUGCUCAGCACCCAUGUCCUUACCUUGUUCCUGGUGUUUGCCAACAGCCAGCAGGUCCUGUGCAUCUUCUACUUGGUCAGUUCAGGCCAUGUGAGCAACACAGACCUGCUGCUUUGGGGCAGCCUGCUCUACACCUACAACUGUGGAGCACAGGCCUACCUGCAAAGCCUUCUGACAGCUGGGAUUCCAGGCACGUUCAGAACAAAGCUGUAGUAAGAGAGAGCUGUUAAUACACACUCAUCUAAUUCAUCUGAGCUCUACCCUUUCACAUACAAUUAACUCUGCCUUCAUUAAGCCACUGUAAUGGCUGAACUGGCACCAAGAUACAGACAUGCUGAUAGAGCAGCUCUCUAGAAGUUCUCACACAGACAUACCACAAUUCUUGGCUUCAGCAUAAACAGCAGGACUGUGACACAACUCAGAUUUACAGUAGUUUGGCCUUUUCUGUUUUUCUUUUCUAAUUGCUGCAAUAAUUCUCCUCUAAAUUGCUUCAUGUUUCACCACAGACAUCACCUACCACUUCCUUCUUCACACAUGAGAUUGACCCUAUUCUGAAAAGGAUUAGUUCCUAAAUUGGCCCUCAUCCCAUUGCACUGGGCCACUUCUCUUUACUUAUUUCUGAUUCUGGAAGAAGUAAUUUUACUUCUGUAUACAGAAACAGUGGGUCUCAUGAUCUAUCACUUCCAGUUAAUCUAUCCUUAAGAAGCCAUGUUCGAGAAACAAGACUUAGAACCAUUUUCAAUGUAAUGGCUUCAAAGCAGUCAUUUAUUCUUUUCUAGAGUGCAUUCUGGAUAUUUCUACCCCCUGCCAUGGAUUUUAAAACAUACCUGAGUAUUCUUAAAUUAAUCCCUUGAUUAAAUGCCAUUUAGCUUCCACUGCCAGAUCAAAAUUGUUUUUUAGUUUGCAGCCUAAAUUCCACUCCACUGAACAAUGAGUUCAGUAUCUACAACCAUGGUGCUGUGCUGGGGAGGCCCCAUGACAAACCUGCACAGCACAGGCACCAUCUCAGCCAACCUCAGCUAACCAGCGGUGUCAGAAAGAUAAGAGAAUUCUCAAGCUGAUGGCUGGCUUUACACACAAUGACUUACAGGAGACCAAUGUCUUAAAACUACUUUGAAGCUAAACGCUAAGAAAUCCUGAGUAUCUUGUCAGUCCAGUGGUCAAAUCCUUCGCCUAAUUCAUACAGGGUCUAAGAUAUCCAAAGUACUAUAAGCAUCUUCCAGAACAAAAAGACAUGACAAGAUCUAGACAGGCAUCCCAGAGCAGACUGGUGGCAUUAUGCAUUUAAUAAAAUUGGAAAGGAAGAAACAUGUUAGGCUUUUUAUCUUCAAGGAGAGCAUGCUCAAAUUAAGUCUUCAUUUACUUGUUGUAAAUGAAAUAUUCAUCAGUUCACUGAUGAUAACGUUAUCCUCCUCCUGUUAAAAGUGUUACAACUGAGAAAUUAACUGACAACCGGUAAUGAAAUUAAAAGCUUUUCAUCUCUAGACACCGCUUUAGAUACGGUCCAAAUCAACAGUGAUUAAAAAAAAAAAUUGAGCACAUGUUUUUACUGUAUAACUGGGUGGGGGGGGAGGAAUAGUCUCACUACAGUAUUUUCUAAGUAUCAUCUCCACCACCACAAGUGUGUGACACUAGGCCUUGGGGUACACAGGCCCAAGUGCUACUGUCUUACCUGUACAGGCCAGCUCUCGCUGUGGAAGCACCACCUUCACAACCAACAGGUGUCUGGCUGCAGAGGACAUGCAGACAGGUCUAUUUCCUUGUCCAUUAACCUCAAUUUAAAAAGUAAGGUCAGUUGCUUGUUAACAAUGCCCACAUUACACCUCCCUGGUGAAGCACGCCCAUCUGGAGAGAUGUAAUCUAACACUCUCUGGAGCAAUGUUCUUUUUUUCCUUUCACUACUUUAGCUAUUUCAGCUUUGAGGGAAAAAAUGAAAAACCUAACUCUGCACACUCAGAGGGAUUUUAUUUGGUAGAAAUUUAUUUUUUUUUUAACAAGACCACGUGCAAUUAAUUUCCCAAGUCACUGAAGUCUUGAGCAGCACUCAAACUUCUGCACAGUGAUACAGACACACACGUCAACCAGUUCUGAGUCUCCUCUUCUAUGCUAAGAGUAGCCCACAAACUGACCUAUCAGCUGUGGACAUAAUUAAAAGGGGGAAGUGGGAGUUAACAUUUUCUACUAACUGAGAAAAAAAGAAAAAAGAUUUGUCACUGGCACAAAAGUAACCUUCCUAAGGUUAACAGUCUCCAGUAUUUACUUUUUGAGUAAGACCAGGAUUAGGGCAAAAAUCAGGGAAAAAGUUUCCUUACUGCGGUGUAAGACUCCUGCCUGAUGCUGUCCCUGGCAGAAAGCACCAAGAGUCAGGAGCACUACCCUUAACACACUCCUCCCCUCAAAUCCAACCCCUCUUCGGGUGGGGAAAGAGGACACAGGAGGAAACAACAUGUAAUCAACAGGUGAGUUUCAUCAGCGCUUCAGCAGUCCCUCAGUACACUAGCAAGGCCACGAAGUUGACCAGCCCCUACAAAAAUGUCUGUGUGAAGGUUUCAUGCACCAAAAGAACAGUUACUGCUGCGCUGGCACAACAGUUUCUGGAGGAAACCAGACUAAACUCAAGCAAUUCCAAAACCUCAAGGGGAACAAACCCACAUUAAAUAUUAAGAAAAAUGUUUCAACGUCAGUUUUGAUAAACAAGUUUAAUAAUCCACUAGUUUACAGGACAGUUAUUUAAAAGCUAGGCUCCAACGGAAAAACAAUGAGACCUAAAAGCCAAUUUUCCAAAAUCCACACCUAAGACUUUGAGACUCCGACAGACAGGUUUGUUCAGUCUACCAAGUACUGACCAAGAAGUUCAGAGGUUUUUGCUUUCAGUGGUUUUGCUAAAAACAAAUAUUGUACAUACCAAACUGAAUCGCUUUCAUUUUGCACUGUACUCCGGAGCUGAUCACCAACAGUCUAGUUCCAGUGUGCUUAACAUUCACAGGCAAAGUAAAACUCUCCUUUUGAUUACUGGGCCCUCACUACACAGGUGAUUAUUUUAAGGACAGACUCUCCCUUACACCACUGCCCCUUCCCAACAUGACCUCCAGUGAGGCCUUUCUACUACUUAGGCUGCAAUUGCUCUGCAAUAAAGCUGUUUUUCCCUACCAAAGAACAAGGCUAUUAUGAACAGACGCUGGGUGAAAACCCCUACUCAAGAAGCAAUCCAGCCCUAUGGAGAAGUUCUGGACGGCGUAUAAAUGCACAACUUCCUGCUUUCUGAGAAGCAAAACACAGGACUGCACAGAACUGCCACUCUGCCCACGAGAGAUGUGAAAAGGGCGUGCACACAUACCACAAGUGAAAGAUAAAUCUGUUCCCUAUUCCCAGGAAUAAUUUGGGAAAUCUAAA